AUGAUAUAAAAAUUAAGGGAAAUCUUUAAAUAAGAUUCUGAAUUCAUUCGAUUUUUAAAGAGAAGUAGUCUCUCUAAAGACAAUUAAGUUUAUGAUUAAGAAGACAUAGAGUUCCUAUUUUAAUACAUGAUUAAGGAAAGAAAUUUAAGGGAUUUUUUUGAGUUUUAUUCUAACUUCGAGAUGUAGACCUAUAAUACUAAAAUGAAAAUGCUGAUUAUCACUCAUUAAUUUAUUCAUUCAAAUGAAGAAUUCUCUAAAUUAUUUACUACUUUACGAUUAAAAAGUUUUUGCUUACUCAAACACAACCAUAGAAAUUAUGAAACUUGGCUACUCUUUAAUAUAUAAAUUCCAUUUUUAUCUUACUUAUAAAAAUUGGCCAUCAGCUUCAAAAACAUUAAAAGUUACAAAACCUGCAUUUUUAGAAAAUAGCAAUAUUCGAAGUAUAUAAUUCAUAUAAAUAUCUCUUUAGCAUAAUGAUAGAUAGUUUUAAAAUAAUAAAUAUUGUAAAUAUGGGUCUUUCUCUUGUUCCGAAUUUAAAGACAGCAUUAAUUAAUUAUCCAUAUGAUAUAUUAUUAUAAAGAUUAACGUUUAAUAUUUAUUAAGAACUUCAAGGAUAUUAAAAGAAUUUAAUAAAUUCAAUGAUUAUAAUAUUAAUUGAUAAGUCUAAGAAUUAGAAUGUUGAGUUGUAUGAACUCUUAAGAGAAGUAUUAAAAUUAUAUAUAGUAGAUUAAAGUAAUUGAAUAGAAAAUGAUAUUUUAUCAUUCAUUUCGUAAUCUAUAUGACCAAAAAGAAAGUCUUCUGGCUCCUUUAUAGAUCUAAAAGUAUCUUCAGAAUUAUAAAUCUCCAAUUUAGGAAUAUACUUGUAAGGUUGAAGCAAAAAAAGAAUAUCUUUAAAGAUCAUCUAGGACAAGAUAAUCAACAAAUGGAGAAACAAUAACACCAAAAAGUUAAAGAAUGUUAAAUUAUUUUGAACAUUAAUAUUCAUCUUAAAAAUAUUUAAAAAGUGAAGAAAUAGUAAUAUAAGAAGAAUCAGAAAUAUAGAUAGAUUAAAUAUGA